UGCCUGCAAGUAUGCGCGUGCACCACUCUCACUUGAGCACGAGCUGGGAUUGGAAAGUUGGAGCUGCAAGGGAAGUCAGUGUGUUUUGGUUUUGACGCUGAAACAUCCGCGUGAGUGCUUUCUGAUAAGGUGGACGAAAGUGAAUGAAGGCGGCUGGUGCAACUUUAGACCCCUUGGACACCCCUGAGCUUCUCUCGGCGUGAUGGAUGCAGAGGUGGUUCUGAAAGAGGAGGACUUGGAGGGCUCGUGGACGCUGCUGUCCUGGAUGGCGUCCUGCGUCAUGGUGUUCGGGGGAGCCCUGCCCUAUGUCCCACAGUACCAGGAUAUCCAGAGGAGCAGCAACAGCGAGGGCUUCUCCACAAGAGUCUGCCUGGUGCUGCUCAUAGCCAACAUCCUGCGCAUUUUCUUCUGGAUAGGGAAGCAGUUUGAGCUCACCCUGCUGCUCCAGAGCGUGGUGAUGAUCCUCACCAUGUUCGCCAUGCUCCACCUCUGCUGCACGGUCCAAAACACCAACCGAGUGAGCACCAAGCAACACCGACUUUUAGACUUGGACUUUCACUACUUCUGGAAGUGGAGCGCGUUUGAGGACUACCUGCUCUUUUGCUUCGGCUUCACCGUGCUGUGUGCUGUCGUCACCCUGCUGCUCCUGGACUCUGCCGUGUUUGUGGAGACACUGGGCUCCCUGGCCGUGAUGUUUGAGGCCAUGCUGGGGAUGCCGCAGCUGCUACAAAACUUCCAAAACCAGUCCACCAAAGGCAUGAGUGUGAAGAUGGUGCUGCUGUGGACAGCCGGCGAUGUCUUCAAGACCACCUAUUUUGUGAUGAACGAAAGCCCGGCUCAGUUCUGGGUUUGCGGUUCAGUCCAGAUCCUUAUAGAUGUGGCCAUCCUACUGCAGGUCCUCUUCGACGGCCAAGACACCCGGGUCAAGCUAGGUUGAACAUGGAUGUUGGUUUGUGAAAUGUAAAAAAACAGGAUUCAUGUGUAAAUUUCAACAAGUUUGAUAUUUUUAAGCUUUUUAAUAUCAGCUGCAAAGUUGAUGGGGGACAUUUAGCAUCAAGGACAGAGAAAACCAAAGUCACAAUAGAUUUUUAGUCUUCAGCCUUGAUUCAAAGUAUUCUUUAAUAUGGGUAUCAUGCAGACCCAAACAAUUUACCUUCAAGUGCAAUUAAGUGAACCGUUUUAGCCUUGAUCAAACUGCUUAGUAUUUUCAGUCACACACUCAUAAACAAACACCUUUGCCUUUAAAUUUUUAUGAAGAUAAGGCAGUAUUCUAGUGCAUUUUUAACAUUUAUACUAUGUAUUUGUUCUCUGUUAAACAUAACCUGGACCCUGAAGUGUAGUGGGCAUGGAAACUGUAAGAGGGAAACAUUACUCACGCUGGCAGCUUACUAACAGCAGAUCUAUGCUGCUGUACUGGCAGCUGAAGCAACCAGUCCGACACUGGUAGCCCUGCACUGAAAUCUGCUGCCUGACUGAUGAGUCUCUUAUUUCACACUCUACACCUCACUGGACUGUUCUUGUGAGUGUUUUUCUGUGUGUGUUUGGGUGUGGUAUGCUUGCUGAUGUGUCUGUGCAGCUGAGAUUGAUUUUUGCCGUUGGCAUCCAGCGCCAAGCCAAGGCCAGAGAACAUACAUCAAGUAAUGGUAGCUACAUAGGACAUCAAUCUUUGUGAUGUGACUCUGAUGUGUGGUUAAUUGACAAGCAAUGCAGGUCUUCCAUGAAGUAUAGAAAAACAAUUUAAAAAAUGUGGCCAUGCUGCAGUGAUUUCACUGUUUUUCUGUCACAAAAUCUUUUGUAGACACCAAAGAACAAGUCAGACUUAAGAUCAAACUAGGUAACACAAUAUAACAGUAUUACUGAAUAUGGGCAUUGUCAUUUGUUCACAUUUCAUCGUCAUUAGUUGUUUUUAGUAUCCCGUCUGAUGAGUCCUGUUACUCUUGUUCUUUGAGACAGUAACAGUGAAAGUAUAAGUCAUAAGCAUUGUGGAUAAGUAACAGUUUAAUCAACAUGAUCAGCAGGAAUAUUAGAGUAUAUUUUACCCUGAUCUUUUAUUGAACACAUUUAGUGUUAACACCCAUCAGCCCCUGCUGUUUCUUGACACCUACGAAAUAAAUACUUGAUUUGAAAAUAAGAAGUAGCAAACUGAGAAUUGGCUUCAUGCUGAAAGGAAUUACCUGUAGGUAGUGGGAAACAAAUUGCUGGUGUAGGGAGGCGGACACAAUCUUAUGUUUCAUUUCUCACAGGAGCAAAACUCUUCCUGGCAUUAUUAAUGUUUUCUUUGGGCCCUCCCUUUAAAUAAAAAUAUCUCAAAGUAAUAUAGAACAAUAUUAAAUUAGUACAGCUUAAUUAAUUGUGUAAUCCAAAUAGCUACCAAUGCAGAUAUUGUGUUUGUCAUAUAUGUCAUAAUGCGUUUCCCUCAAAAAUAUGUUUCCCAUUUAAAAUCCAUGGUAUAUAAACAUCAUUUGUAGGAAACAGGACUGACAGAGGAGGCUCUGAAGGUACUGAGGGAGGGAAAUUUUAAAAAUAAAAAUCAAUUAGAUCAGAUAAUUUUAUAAUUUGUGUUCAAAAUUAUGUUAUAUUUGUUACUGACCAUUGUAUAACCUAUAUAGUGCCUGAGUUGUGUAAGUGGUAACUGAGCUAUUUAUGUAAUUAUUAACUACAUUAAGGGAAGGUUAAACUAGAACAUGAAUGCAGGGUCAAGCACUAAUUUUGCCUCUAGGAUAAGCCCCCUGUCCACAGCCCAAAGAAAAAAAAAUUCUCUCCCCCUUUUCUGACCCCAACUUUUAGUAGAUCCCAGAGGGGCAAUCUUUGAGGCAUCUUCAUUCACCCAGAAAUGCCCCAUUAAACAGAGGACAGGUUAUGUAAUGCAUGCCAUUACAGAAACAUUAAAACCUUAUUCAGCCAUUCCAGCCUUCCAAACUGCAAAAGUGUUCACGGAUAUUUUAUUUAGAAGUUCUGCUUAUAAUCGAAACUCUAAUUUAAAAACACAGCCUCUCAAGGCGAGCCGUGCUUAUUUCACCUGUUUCUCUGUAGUUUCCUCUCUCAAAAGCACUGCAGGCUGAAACAAAUCAGCACCAGCAGCUGAUCAGUAGUCAGCACAGGUUUCUUUUUACUUACCUCUAGAGAUGAUUUAAUGAAGUAGUAAAGCUACUGUACCUUCUUAUUGAGUCUUGCGGCCCCCUUUUUAACUUAGCAUCCAGUUUGUGCCUGUCUGUUAAUCUUUCCUGUCUGUUUUUUAGUUUCCCUUCAGUAAACAUCCUGUUAAAUUACACACUGCAGCAGUUAUGGGUUGCAUCUUAUGGACAGCCUCCUCCUGCAGCAGCAUGAUUCAGCCAUAGGAUAGCAUUUGUAGAGGUUGCAAAACUGCAUCUCAGUGUAUUUCAGUAUUAUCCUCAGGUCCAGGAUGUAGAAAAUAUGACAGAGAAUUUUGGAAAUUUUAGGCAUUGGAUGUUUUUAUAAUCUGGUAGGUCUUUAGAUCCUUUAAAACAUAAAAGUGGCUGAGUAUGAUGUCACGUUAUCUCUGCUUUGAUAUUACAUCAGCUUUUUUGGGUUUUGAUUAUCAGUCAUUGUAUUGAAGCAAUAGUCUGACAUUUUGAGAACUGGCCUUCUUGCAGAAAGUUAGACAUUAGAAAGAUUGAUACCACUUUCAUGUCUCUACAAUAAAUAUGAAGCUACAGCCGCUAGCAGCCAGUUAGCUUAACAUAAGGUCUGUAAAUGGGGAAACAGUCUGUCUGGCUUUAUCCAAAGGUAACCAAAUCAACCUCCAGGAAGUUACUGGUACCAGCCAAGAUAUAGUACGGCACAUAACCCCCUUCCUAGAAUGGCUAAUUGUCAUUUCUGGAGAUGCUGAUUGGUUGGUUUUGUUACUGCUGGACAGAGCCAAUGCUAGCUGUUUCCACCUGUUUCCAGUCUUUAAGCUAAGCUAACCGGCUGCUGGCUGUAGCUUCAUGUUUACCACAAAGACAUGAGAGAAGUUUUGAUCUUCUUGUCUAACUUUUAGCAAGAAAGUGAAUAAGUGUAUUUCCUGAAAUGUACUGUAGACGGUGUGGGUUUAUUGCUUCAUUCAAAGAUUUCGUUUCAAUCGCUAACUGUUAUCAUGUAUCAUUAUCAGUAUAAGGUCACAUGCCAAAGGAACAACCAACAAAAUCUAAAAGGUGAAGCACUCCCUUCUGUGUUUGUAUAUGUGUAUAAAUGAAUGUAAUUUGUAUGUGUAUGGUUGUGUACAUAUGAAACCAAUGGAAAUGUUGGAAUAUCUUGGGAUUGUGUAUUUGAUGGAUGCAGGCAUUUAUGGAAGUGUUCAUGCUGCCGAUCGACUUCUCUGGUGUUUGGGAAAUACUGCAAGCUUUCAGCUGUACUGUUCUGUGACCUUCACUCCAUGUGUGCAUCCUUCAAUUCCACUUAUCUAACAUUAUUGCAAGAAGCCAUAUUGAAAGCUGAAUGUGUCUUAUCUCCUGUAUCCUGCGUACCACAGUUGUACUGAGUUUGCAUUAUUUCUGUAUUCUAUAUGCUCUUAUCACCAGAUGGGUAUCUUUAUAUUGUCUCUCUCACCAGAGGCUCUGAACGGCUUUCUCACUGGAUUCGGUUUAACAUUUGGGCUCCCAGUAGCAUUUUCUUCUCAAGGGUAAUGGGACAGAUUAGCACACACACUGAAUGGUUGUGAUAAUCCCUCCACUAGGUUCACAUCAUGGCAGAUGUGCUUGUCACCUUACCACUGCAGCACUGAUAUGAAGAGCAGAAGACUGUUACGUCUACCAGAUGCAAGAUACAUAUUUCAUGUAACAUGAAACAAUAUCAGUUAAAACAGAGUCCAUAAAAGGAUUUAGGUCACUUUUAGUUACUGUUUUAUGUGAUGUUUCUUCAGGGGUUUUAUUUACAGGAUCUGUGAAACCAAGAUUUCAACCAAAAAGCUGUUGUUUUUAAAUUAAUUUUGAUUAACUAAAUGUCAUGUAACACUAUGGUGGUUACCAUAGGAUGCAAAGGUCUCCCAAGGUGACAUCACACAUGGAAACUAUAUUUAUGUGAAAUAUUUAUCAUGAUAUUUUUCUCAAAUAUAAACUAUUUAUAUUUCA